AUGGAAAAGUUGAGAUUUGGUCUCGUGUUGAUAGUGUUGUGUCUUUCAACAUCACUAGUGAAAGGAGGAGAUCCUAUUUUGACCUUUGAAUGGAAAGUGACUUAUGGUACCAUCUCUCCUCUUGGUGUUCCUCAGCAAGUUAUUUUGAUCAAUGAUAAAUUUCCAGGACCUAUAAUCAAUGGCACAUCCAAUAAUAACAUUGUUAUCAAUGUCUUCAACCAGUUGGAUGAGCCAUUCCUUUUCACAUGGAAUGGCAUCCAACAAAGGAAAAACUCUUGGCAAGAAGGCACCCUUGGCACCAAUUGUCCCAUUCCUCCAGGGAGCAAUUUCACAUACCAUUUCCAGGUCAAGGAUCAAAUUGGAAGCUUUUUUUACUACCCCACCACAGCUUUGCAUCGAGCAGCUGGUGGAUAUGGUGGAAUAAGUGUCCAUAGUCGUGCAUUGAUUCCCAUCCCCUUUGAUAUUAACCCUGCCGAUGAGUUCUUUGUCUUGGUGAGUGAUUGGUACACCAAAAGUCAUACUCAAUUGAGAAAGUUUUUGGACAGUGGGCGCUCGAUGGGAAGGCCUGAUGGAAUAAUCAUCAAUGGAAAAGGUGGAAAAGGCGAUGGAAAAGAUGAGCCAAUGUUCUCUAUGACCCCUGGAAAGACAUAUAGGUAUAGGUUUUGUAAUGCUGGUAUGAAGGAUUCCAUCAAUGUUAGAAUCCAAGGGCAUACCAUGAAAUUGGUGGAAAUGGAAGGAUCUCACGUUGUGCAAAACAUGUAUGAUUCACUAGAUAUUCACUUGGGACAAUGCGUCUCUGUCUUAGUGACUGCUGAUAAAGAUCCCAAGGAUUACCUCCUUGUGGCCUCUACGCGAUUCACCAAGGAACCCCACACUGCUACAUCCAUAAUCCGUUACACUAAUGGCAAUGGCCCUGCCUCACCAGAGUUGCCAAAAGCCCCAAUUGGUUGGGCUUGGUCACUCAACCAAUUUCGCUCUUUCCGUUGGAAUUUAACGGCAAGUGCAGCUAGACCUAAUCCACAAGGAUCAUACCACUACGGCCAAAUCAACAUUACACGCACCAUCAAACUUGUGAAUACAGCCGGGACAGUGGACGGAAAGCUCCGAUAUGCCAUCAAUGGUGUCUCACAUGUGAACCCUACAACCCCAAUUAAGUUGGCUGAAUACUAUGGUGUUGAAGAUAAGAUCUUCAAAUAUGACCUUAUGAAGGAUGAAUAUGAACCUCCAGUUGGGAAAGCAGAAGAGAAGAUCACACUCGCACCCAAUGUAGUUAAAGUCACUUACCGUAACUUUGUGGAGAUCAUCUUUGAGAACCAUGAAAAGAGUGUACAAUCUUUUCACUUGGCCGGAUACUCCUUCUUCACUGUUGCGAUUGAACCUGGAAAAUGGACCCCAGAGAAGAGGAAGAACUACAAUUUGCUUGAUGCAGUAUCCAGGAAUACCAUCCAAGUUUAUCCCAACUCAUGGGCAGCCAUAAUGACCACUCUUGAUAAUGCUGGUCUUUGGAACCUGAGAUCCAACUCAGUGGAAAGACAAUACUUGGGGCAACAACUUUACUUUAGCGCCCUUUCUCCAAAAAGAGAUUUGAAAGAUGAAUAUAACAUGCCAGACAAUGAUGUCUUGUGUGGAAUCAUCAAGGAUAUGCCUCUUCCAAAACCUUAUUCUGUGUAAAUAUUCGUAAUUAUGAUUUCAUAAUAACUUUUUUCUCCUAACUCUGAUGUUUUAUGGGAAAGAAUCUUUCAUUUAGGGUUAAUAUUUUGAGUUAGAGUGAGGAUUUUAGCUUACUCAAAGAAAAGACAAAAAAUUACGAGAAGGAUAUUUAUAUGUGAAAGGGAUCGAAGAGUUGAAACAACUGAAGAGAAAAUUGGUUGGUCUUCUGUCCAAGGGGAAUAUAAAUUCCUUCUUUUUUGUUUUGAAUAGCAUAGGCAAGAAGUUGUUUUUUAUUUGUAACUUAUUGCAUUGAUCAAUCACUUUUAAAUAAGUGGACAAUGAAUGUUUCUUAUCCUCCUUGGUACUAUUUAUUUUUUCUA